AUUUGGGUACACUAGCAUCAGAAUAACGUGUGUCUAGCCGGAUAGGUAAACAGACAUGCUUUCUUCGACUUUGAAACAACAAAAAUUGAAAUCUAAAAUCCGCCCACCCCGUAAAUCGGGAUCAAAUACCCUAGAUCCAAAUGAAUCGUGGAAGCUUUUGGAGGUUGCAAUUAAAGACAUCCAGAACAAGAAUGCAUCCAAAUGGUCUUUUGAGCAGCUUUAUCGUCUAGCCUACAACUUGGUUCUUUCCAAAAAUGCGCAGUACUUGUACAAUCAUGUCCAUGAUGAAAUAGUCAAAUACUUGGAAGACAACGUCAGAAAACAACUAGAAUCUCUCAUCAUAAAAAAGGAAGAACAACAGAAUAUGAACGCAUCCGAUAUGAGAGGAGAUGAUGACCUUCCCGACCAUGUAAUCAGAAAGUCGGAUGCCGCAGAAAUUUUGAAUCUUUUUAAUAAAGUAUGGGAUGAUCAUUUGAUAUCCGUCUGGCUUAUUAGCCAAGUGGUGAUGUAUAUGGACAGAACAUUUACUAAGGAAAAUCGGUUGCCACUAGUUUAUGACGUCGGUCUUAUAUCAUUUCAGAAGUAUAUUGUUAUGCAUAACUUGGAAGCUUCAAAUGUUACCAUUGGAGCUAAGUUGAUUGAGAUUUUUCUGAACUAUUUCAAUUUGAACAGGAACGGUGAACUGAUCGAUAAGUUUCUAAUAAAAUCCACAAUCACCAUCUUUGAGUCGUUGGUGGGAGUUGAUGGCGAAACAUACUAUAGCAGGUAUUUUGAGCCUGAGCUACUUUUGUCUUCCCACAGAUAUUACGAGCAGAAAAUUAACGAACUGCUGGGUCAUCAAAGCGGCUCCUUGUACAUUAAUAAGGCGGUACAAAUCAUCAAUGACGAAGAAUCACGAUUUCAAAUAUAUCUGCCCAAUCAAACCACGGAGAAAUUGAGAGAUUUGAUGUACAAAGAUUUGGUUGUGGCUAACAUCAAAAAUAUUCUAAGUUUGCAGAAUGAUGGGUUGAAAAAAUGGAUAGAAAACAAUGAUUUUGAAAUUUUGGAGAAAGUUUAUAGACUAGUGGAAGGAAUUGAUUCAAACAAAUUAAUUCUUAAGAAUUGUUUACGCUCAAUAGUGAUUUGCAACGGUGAAGAGCUGAUUGCUCAAACAAAACUUCAACAGGCAAACGAUUUCGAUGCUUCUGACGAUAAGAAAAAGAAAGCUACAAAGAAAUCAGGCAAAGAAGCUAAUACCCAAUUCGCAGUGAGUUAUAUCAAAAAUUUCACAGAUUGCAAAUACAAGUACGAUCGAAUAAUAGAGAAAGCAUUCAGCAACGAUAUUGAAAUUUACAGAGAGGUAGAAUCUGCUUGCAUAACAUUCCUCAAUGAAAAUAACCGGAUACAAGAAUACUUGUCACUAUACAUUGAUGACUGCAUCAAAAAAUCUUUGAAGAAUAAAUCUUCGGAUGAGGUGGAAAGAGUGUUUGAUGACUCGAUUCUGAUAUUUAAAUUCAUUAAGGAUAAAGAUAUCUUUGAAAAAUAUUACAAGAAUCAUCUUGCCAAACGUCUUUUGAACCAGAAAUCAAUUUCAACCGAGCUAGAAUUACAGAUGAUAUCAAAGCUCAAAACAGAAGCAGGCUCAACUUUCACUGCUAAAUUUGAAGGAAUGUUCAAGGACAUCAAAAUUUCUCAAGACAUUACACAACAAUUCCGUAAUGAAGCAAGCACAACUACCCUAGCAUCAGACUUAGCACGUAUGAAUGAUGGCCGUAAGUUUGAUGUCGAUUUUUCCAUACUAACUGCUAACUUUUGGCCCAUGCCAGUCAACAAAGCAAUGGAAGAGGUAACGUAUGUGCCUGCGCUAGAUAUAGUAAAGGCAACAUUUGAGAAAUAUUACAAUAAUACAUACAACGGCAGGAACCUAACGUGGGCUCCCAACAUGUGUACUGUUGACCUUCGAAUGAACUUUCCAGGAAAGUCGUAUUUGGUUAACAUGCCAACUUUGGCGGCAUUUAUCGUCUUAACUUGUUUUAACGAUGAUGAAACUGAAGAUGGUUCAAGAUCUCUGACAUUCGAAGAAAUCCACCAGUUAACAAAAAUUCCAACCUCUGACCUAAUUCGUCACUUGCAAAGUAUAGCGGUUGCGCCAAAGACUAGAAUAUUGAAGAAAAUGCCGAUGUCAAGGGAUAUAAACCCAACUGACAAGUUUUCGCUGAAUUUAGAUUUCAAAUAUCCUCAAGCUAAAUUCAAAAUUUUGGCAGUCUCGCUAUCAUCAACAUCAGCUAAAGUGCAAGCAGGAACAAACCAAGCCUCCGAAUCAGACAAAUUUGACGCAACUUUUUCUUCCUCACGUCUGGAAACUGAUGAGGAACGUGCAUUUACUCUUACUGCAGUCCAACGGUCAAGAGAAUACGAGGUAGAUGCUGCUAUUGUUCGUGUCAUGAAAGCCCGCCAGUCCGCUAAGUACCAGGUACUUGUUGCUGAUGUUGUUAGAUUAAUAGGCGAUGUUGGGAAGAGAUUCCGACCACAGCCUUCUCUUGUAAAAAGAAGAGUAGAAGAAUUAGUUGACAAGGAGUAUCUCAGGCGAGAUGAAAACGAUAGAGAACUAUUCUGGUAUGUUGCAUAGUUCGCCUGUGUAAAGUUGUAAUCUUUCCUCAAAGUUUAGCGUAGAUGGUUUAAUAAUCUAUAAGAAUUUACUCAAUGGCAUCUCCA